CGCUUUUGGAGGAAGCAAAAAGAUGUAUACAUGCGCGUGCGAUUUAUGACGUCAUCCGCGUUGUGUAAAAUGACGGUUGUAACAUAAACAAGGAAAUAGCCGAUAUUGCGAUGGUAUAGCUGAAACAAACCAUGACCUACAAAUCGUAUACCGGUGUUUGAUCUGUUGUAUUUCCUCGAAGAUUUCCUUUAUCCAAAUCAAGUAAACUCAGUUUCCAGGGUCUGUUAAAAAGAGAGACAGAGGGUUGUGCUUGCCGACGAGGCGUUGCCAUGGCACAGCUGGAGCAGGGGGAGCAACCGGCGGCGGGGGAAGAGGAGGAUGAGGACGAAGAGCUGUUGCCAAGACACCACAGCGUCAUCCAGGCGUCUCUCGUGAACGUGGAGACGCGCGAAGUCUGCUGCAAGGACUACUGCAGCGACGAUGAAGACGUGGGCAACGAUGAGAUGAUUUCUGUGAUGAACAUCGCCUACAACACCGCCAGUGAGAAUACCGGCCAGACUGGGUCGACGCCGGGUCCACUCCCGGAGGAUCUGCUCCGGAAGCUGUACGAGUGGAAGGAGGACAAAGAGUCCACAGAGACGGUCGUCAAGAGCUAUCGACAGUUCGAAUCGAGUGUGAAAACGUCAAAAACGGUAUCAAAAUAUACAUCAGGUGUCGAGUCUAGCAAGGCUGAAACGGGUCAGAUACCAACCGGACAGGAAUUGGAUCCAGCGCAAGUUUUGUCUCUCAAGGAAAGGAUUUUACGUCUGAAACAAAUUCUCAAAAUGGAUGAAGGUCGCUUGCGCGAGGAAAGCGAAUGGGGAAAGAUGGCCAUUAAGGAAAUCGUCCGGUUGAAUGAGAUAUGGGAAUAUCUGCAGGCACAGAUCGACAAUGGCGGGAUCACACCAGAGCUAGAGGCUGAGUGGAAGAUGUACCAGGCGAGGCUGGCCGAGACGACGAAAGAGCUGAUCGAUGUGCGUGAACUCUACCAGAAAACGGACGACGACCUGGAAAAGACGAAGAAAGACGUCGAUGAGACGCAGAAACAUUCCCAACAGCUGGAGAACGAUAUUAAAGAUUCGGAGAAGACGUACCAGGCCAUUGCCGCGGACCUGCAGAUGAACUCGCAAGAGCUGACGUCAGUGGACGGCGAGCUGCGGCAGGUGAAGCGCUGCGUCAGCCAGGUGGAGAUGAUGAACGAGGAGCUGGUGAUGAAGGCGAACCACCUCAAGGAGGACACCACCAACCUGACCACUCUCAACGACACGCUGGAAGUGCGACUCGGCUUCGAGAAAGAUCAAAUCGACCAGGCGCGUGAGCGGUGCGGCAAUGUGCAGGACGAGCUGGAGGACCGGAAGGAGAGCAUCGCCAAGCUGGAGGCGGAGCUGAUGUCGACGAAGCGACUGCAGGAGCAGGCGGAGCAGGACAACGAGCAGCUGCUGAAGGCCUUGGACGAACUGAAGGAGGAGAUGCAGGCCAUGGUGGCCAACAACACCCACCUGCCCGGGGAACCCCUCACGGUGGCAGAUGAACGCAUGAUGUCUUGUACCCAGAUGAAAGAAGACUUUGUGCUGUUAGACUGCAAGCAGGAGGCGCUAAAACAGGAGCAGUCCAUGCUGUUAAAGAACCUCAACUUCGAGAAGAAGACCACCGAGCAGCUUAAGGCGGAACUCAAUCGCCAGGAGCUGCUGGAGGAGAAGUUCCAGGAGGAAGUCGACGAUACUGACAAGGUGAUCAGCGAGCAGGCUGCAGCCAUCAAACUCCUGUACGACAAAAUCGAAGAGCUUAAAGAGGACAAGUCGAAAUUGUCUCAAGAGUGUCAGAUCAUUCGCGAUAGAAUCCGCGCAAUGGGCGGAGCUAUCGACGACUUGAAGCAGACGUCUGAGUUGAAGCUGGACACGAUGAAGAAGGUGGUCAUGCUCCAGCAGUCUCGGUGCGAGCAGGACAACAAGACCUUCAACAAGGAGCUCGACGUCAUCCAAAAUGAGAUCGGCGACCUCCACGAGCAGCUGAACCAGAAGGAGAAGCAGAUGGCCACGUACGCCCGGGCUCUCCAGGAGUUCCAGCAACUCUCCAUGUACAGCUUCUUCAAGUCAACAACCAUGGAAUAGCCAUCUCAGAUGUAUUAACACAUAGCAGAUAUUCAUAGGGCAGUUUUUAAUAUGCCAAAAAAAAAAAUAAAGAGUCGAGUGAUUCCUAAGUACAGCUGUAGUCCUUUUGCGUGUAAAGGGAACCAAUGAAUUCGCGUGUAACUAUUUAAUGAACAACGUUCAAAACGUUUAUGAAAACGUAUUAUUAAGUUUUAAACCCAUACCAAUUACCACAAUAUAUAUAUACUAUUUACAAAAAUAUCAGUGUAAAUAAAAAAAAAGUUUCUUAACUUAUUGCCAUUAAAUUCCACGAAUGGAAUGUGCCUUUUUGAUACAGAGAUGAAGGCAAUUGAUGUCACCAUGCACUAUCUAUUAAUAUUAACAAUUCUGCAUACCUGGGAUGUUCCAGCAUUUGGUAUUCACCUCGGUUUAAAAUUCAGAUUUGGUUUGUACAAUUUGAUGAUAAUUCGUUAAGAAACCUUUUUACUGACAAAGAAAUAUUUUGUGAAAAAAAAUAAUAAUAAUAAUUAAAAACAAUUUUUUUUUUUUUUUAUAGGAUUUGGUAUGGGUUUAUAACUUUAUUUCUUUUUAUUACAGUUACAAUUAAAUUCAUUGGUUCCCGUUUUCAUACAAACAGACCAUAUCAGCAUUGUCUAUUAAUAUAUUUUUUAUUUUUUUUUACUUAACACGAACAUUGUUACAGUAGCGGAUCCAAAUGGCGUCUACAUAUAGAGACGGCGGGAGGCACACCACCAUCUUGUUUUCAAUUAAUGUUUAACUGAAUUUUGCCGAAUGUGUCCCAACUGGUAUAACACCUAUUCCCCUCCCCGCCAUCUCAAACUUGUAACACCGGAUCUUCUGCUGACAGUUGCUCAAAUAUUGGAAUACUGGAAAGGGCAGCGAGAAUCGUUGAUCAAGAAACAUAAAUGAAGUACCACUUCAUAAUUCCUGGCUCUCAAUGAUUGUUGCUGCUGUUUAAAAUCUGUGACAUUGUGGAGUCCGUGUAAAUAAACUGUAAUAAAUACAACUAUAGUC